CGGCGCGCCCGGCCCCGCCCCUGCGCGCGGCGCGGCUCCGGAAAUGGUCGUGCUGCGCUGCGCUGCGGCUGCGUCGGGCCGCGCGCGCUGAAGGAGACUGAAGUCAGUCGGAUGAAAGGUCUCUGCAGGCCCGCUCAGUCGGCCCAGGUUUUUCCCGCGGGGGGAUAGCAAGGGGAUCCUUAUGCACAACCACAUGAAAUGAACAAAGCUCCACAGCCCACAGGAGGAGCCCCGACAGCCCCGCACCCUGCCCCUUCUCCUGGACUUCCACAGUCAGCGUUCCCACCUGGUCAGACGGCACCUGUGAUUUUUAACCCGACACCGACCUCACAAAUGAAUACGCCUUCUCAGCCGCGACAGUUUCCAGCAGGGCCUCGUGCUAUUCACCAGCAGGGAGGAUUCAGGUCUCUCCAGCAUUUCUACCAGAACAGGGCCCAGCCUCCCGCCAGCGCGUCCCGCGUGCAGAGCAACACAACGGCCCGGCCUGGCCCUCCUGCCCAUGUGUAUCCAGCUGCUUCCCAGGUGAUGAUGAUACCCUCCCAGAUAUCCUACACACCUUCCCAAGGAGCCUAUUACAUUCCCGGACAGGGUCGUUCCACAUACGUUGUCCCAACACAGCAGUACCCGGUCCAGCCCGGUGCCCCUAGUUUUUACCCUGGAGCCAGCCCCACAGAGUUCGGAACUUACGCGGGUGCUUAUUACCCGGCCCAGGGGGUGCAGCAGUUCCCGGCGGGGGUCCCCACUGCUCAGGUGAUUGUGAGCCAGCAGCCACCGAUCCCCCCAAAACGAGAGCGCAAGACGAUCCGGAUACGAGACCCCAACCAAGGUGGCAAAGACAUCACUGAAGAAAUAAUGUCUGGAGCAAGGACCUCAUCUACCCCCACCCCUCCCCAGGCUGGAAGCGGUUUGGAACCCCAGGCCAAUGGAGAAACCCCUCAUGUAGCAGUUAUUGUCCGGCCAGAUGACCGCCCAAAGCCUGCGCUGGUGGUGAGCAAACCCGUCUCCCUGGAGCCCAGCAAGUCAGCGUCCCCGUCGCCUCCCCCUCCCCUCAUCCCUGAGGUGGAGCCCGUGGUGAUGUCAACUGUGACGCUGGUGCCAAUGGAGCCCCCCGUGGAAGCGGACACUAAAGUGGAGCUGGGCGAGGCGCCGCCCGACCUGCACCAGACGUUUAGCGCUAUCACUACAGUGCCAGGGGCUGGGGAGCUGCCCCUCGUGCCCCCACCUGACAUGGACACGGCGGCUGUGGUGGAGGAGGAGGUGGCAGAGGAGGAGGAAGAGGUUGCGAUUCCUCUCCUGGAGCCCACAUUGCAGGCGCCCGCCCUGCCUGAGGUGCCAUCGGUGCCUGCUGCCCCCCUCAUGCCAGCCGUGCCCCCGGUGCCAGCUGCGCCAUCGCCGCCGCUCGUUGUCCCACCGGUCCCUGAAGCACUCGCCAAACCCGCCUCUCCCAGCCCCCCGCCACCCCAGGAAGAGCCCUGCUCUGAGCCUGUCGCCGAGCCUGCUGCUGAGGCCAAUGGGGUCUUAGAGGAGGUGCCCGAGCCGCUCCCCGAGGCACCCGUGUGCCAGCCGGUGCUCGCGCCCGUAUCGGAGCCUGCCCCAGUGCCCGCCCCAGCUCCCACCCUGGAAUCCCCCAUUGUGCAGCCUGAAGAGCUGCCCUUGCCCAAUGGGAUGGAGGGCUCCAGCAAAGCGGAGCCAAGCGAGGAGCAGCCUGAGUCGGAUGUCAGCCCCAUCUCGGAGCCCGAGGAGCCAGCGCAGCCUGGCACCCCCACCUCCCCCCCAGCAGAGGAGGAAGAAGAAGAGAGCGAAGGCCCUGCUGAGGCCCAGGAGCGGAGCUCAAGUCCGGCCCCUGCCCCGUCGCAGACCUUGGAGGCGACUGUGCAAGUUGCUGUGUCGGUGCCAAAGAAAAAGCGAAGGAUGAAGGAGCUGAACAAGAAGGAGGCAGUAGGCGAUUUGCUGGAUGCCUUUAAAGAGUCUCAGAUCAGCGACAGUGCCUCAGAAGUGGAAAACAAGCCUCCCCCUCCCAUGCCUGCCCGUGAAACAGAGGACGCAGCCCCCGCCCGUCCCCAGGAGGAGUCGGAGGAGACGUGGGAGGAGAAGGAGGACAAGCUGGCCCCAGAGAAGGGCAAGGCUGGGGACCAGAAGUACCGCUACAAGGAAGAGCAGUGGAAGCCAUUGAAUCCUGAGGAGAAGAAGCGGUAUGACCGGGAGUUCCUGCUGGGCUUCCAGUUCAUCUUUGCCAGCAUGCAGAAACCUGAGGGGCUGCCCCAGAUCACAGAUGUGGUCCUGGACAAGCCCUGUGUACCUUCGCAGGCCAACAAGACCCCAUUGCGGGCACUCGACCCCAUCCGCCUCAGCGGCAUGAACUGCAGCCCUGACUUCACCCCCUCCUUUGCCAACCUUGGGCGGCCUGUCAUGGGCAACCGGGGCCUGCCCUCAGGGUUGGGUCCUCGCCGCUCGCAGCAGACUCAGAGGAAGGAACCCCGUAAAAUCAUUGCCACUGUGUCCCUCAAUGAGGAUGUCAAGCUGAACAAGGCUGAGAAGGCCUGGAAACCCAGCAGCAAGCGUGCCUCUGAGGAGGAGGAUCCUGAGAACAUCAAGACACAGGAACUGCUUCGCCGCGUCCGCAGUAUCCUCAACAAGUUGACACCCCAGAUGUUCCAGCAGUUGAUGAAGCAGGUGAUGGAGUUGUCCAUCGACACGGAGGAGAGACUCAAGGGUGUCAUUGACCUUGUCUUCGAGAAAGCCAUCUCGGAGCCAAACUUCUCUGUUGCCUACGCUAACAUGUGCCGUUGCCUUAUGGGGCUCAAAGUGCCCACGACAGACAAGCCCACAGUGACUGUGAACUUCCGCAAGCUGCUGCUCAACCGCUGCCAGAAGGAGUUUGAGAAGGACAAGGAUGACGACGAGAUCUUUGAGAAGCGGCAGAAAGAAAUGGACGAUGCCAGUGCUCCUGAAGAGAAGGCACGCAUGAAGGACGAGCUGGAGGAGGCGCGGGACAAAGCCCGAAGGCGGUCCCUGGGUAACAUCAAGUUCAUUGGAGAGCUCUUCAAACUGAAGAUGCUGACAGAGGCCAUCAUGCAUGACUGCGUGGUGAAGCUGCUCAAAAACCAUGACGAGGAGUCUCUUGAGUGCCUUUGCCGCCUGCUUACAACCAUUGGCAAGGAUUUGGACUUUGAGAAGGCCAAGCCCAGAAUGGACCAGUACUUCAACCAGAUGGAGAAAAUCAUCAAGGAGAAGAAGACAUCAUCCCGAAUCCGUUUUAUGCUGCAGGAUGUGAUUGAUCUCAGGCGGAAUAGCUGGGUACCACGGCGAGGAGAUCAGGGACCCAAAACCAUCGACCAGAUCCACAAAGAGGCAGAGAUGGAGGAGCAUCGGGAACACAUCAAAGUGCAGCAGCUCAUGUCAAAAGACAAAAGGAGAGGACCUCCUGGACCAUCUAUCAGCGGUGGACGCAGUAGCCUGGUUGCAGAUGACGGCUGGAACACUGUGCCCAUCAGCAAGGGCAAUCGGCCUAUCGACACCACCCGGCUAACGAAAAUCACCAAGCCUGGAUUGAUCGACUCCAACAACCAGCUCUUUGCACCAGGCGGGCGGCUGAGCUGGGGCAAGGGCAGUAGCGGAGGGUCUGGCGCAAAGCCUGCAGAUUCAGCAUCUGAUUCAGGGCGACCGGCCACAAGCACCUUGAACCGCUUCUCAGCACUCCAGCAGUCCACCCCUGCCGAGAGCCCGGAGUCCCGUCGCGUGGUGCAGAGGGGCAGCUCUAGCCGCGACAGGUCAGAAAAGGCUGGGGACAGAGGGGACCGGGAGUCACGUUCAGAGAAGAGCAGUGACCGUCUGGAGCGUCCUGAUCGGGGAGAGCGGGGAGAGAGGAACAGGUCUGCCGUCACCAAGAGGAGCUUCAGCAAAGAGACAGAGGACAGGAGCAGAGAACGGGAAAAGCAGAGUGGCCCUGAGACUGUGCGCAAGACUGCUAGCAUGUCAGAGGAACGGGACAGGAGCCGAGAGACGAUUAAACAAGAGCCAGCACCUCCUGCGGCAUCACCCAAACCCAUGCUGUCAGAGGAGGAGCUGGAGAAGAAAUCUAAGGCGAUCAUAGAGGAAUAUCUGCACAUCAAUGAUAUGAAGGAAGCCCUGCAGUGUGUGCAGGAGCUGGGCAGCCCCUCCUUGCUCUAUGUCUUCGUGCGGAAUGGCAUCGAGUCCACGCUUGAGCGGAGUACGAUCUCCCGCGAGCACAUGGGGGUCCUGCUGUGCCACCUGGUGAAGGCUGGCACGCUCUCCAAGGAGCAGUACUAUAAAGGGCUGCGGGAAAUCCUGGAGAUUGCGGAAGACAUGGAGAUCGACAUCCCACAUAUCUGGCUGUAUCUCGCAGAGCUCAUAACACCUAUCCUGCAAGAGGAAGGUAUCCCCAUGGAGGAGCUGUUCAGGGAGAUAACAAAGCCCCUGGUGCCCCUUGGGAAAGCCACCACACUGCUGGUCGAGGUGCUGGGCUUAUUGUGCAAAGGCAUGAGCCAGAAGACCGCGGGCAAGCUGUGGCGGGACGGGGGCCUGAGCUGGAAGGAAUUCCUGCCUGAGGACCAGGAUGUCAACAAAUUUGUCACAGAGCAGAAAUUGGAGUACACAAUGGGGGACAACUCGGACACGCCAAGCUGCAAGGAGCUAACCUCAGAGGAGCUGUGCAAACAAAUGGACAAACUGCUGAAGGAGAACUCGAACAACCAAAGAAUAUAUGACUGGAUUGAGGCCAACCUAAGUGAGCAGCAUGUCUCAUCCAACACAUUUAUCAGGGCCCUGAUGACAUCCGUGUGCCAUUCAGCCAUCAUCUUUGAGAACCCAUACCGUGUGGAUGCCCUGGUCAUCCGCAACCGGGCCAAGCUGCUGCAGAAGUACAUGCGAGAUGAGCAGAAGGAGCUUCAGGCACUGUACGCCUUGCAAGCUUUGGUGGUGAAGUUGGACCAGCCUCCAAACCUGCUGCGGAUGUUCUUCGAUGCUCUCUAUGAUGAGGACGUCAUCAAGGAGGAGGCCUUCUACAAGUGGGAGUCCAGCAAGGACCCAGCCGAGCAGCAGGGCAAAGGGGUGGCCCUGAAAUCAGUGACAGCAUUUUUCACCUGGCUCCGGGAAGCAGAGGAUGAGUCGGACAACAACUGAGCAGCUGUGAGGAGGAGGAGGAGGAGGAAGGGGGGAGAGCAUGGGGCACCGUGGGGUGUGACUCCAUCCCUUCCCAGCCCUGGCCCCCUGGACUUGCUCAUGCCGGGGCCGAGGGAUCUGCUGUGCCCCCAACAGCAUCCCUCUCUCUAUUUCUCCUCUCCCUCCUCCCCUCGUUCCCGUUCUGUUGGCCAGGCCUGUACUAGUUUGUCACGAUGAUAAUAAAUGGAUGCUGAUGGAGGUGGCUGUCGCUGUGGGUCUGCUCCAGGCCCCUUCUGUCCCCCCCUCCCAGCACAGCACCCUGUGUCACCGGGAGUGGGGGCUGAGCCCCCCAGGCUUACGUCAAGGGGGGGGAGGAAGGGGUGAGACGGGGGGGGGGGGGGGAUGUCACCCCUCCUCUCCCCCCUCUUCUUCCUCCUCCCGCUUCCUUGCUGAAAUAUAGAGAGAUUAUAUAUAUAUAAACUUAUUAAAUUUGGGUUGGGGACAGGAGUGUGAUUUCUCCCCUUCCCCUGUCCUCUCUCUAUUCCCCUAUCACCACCUGGAGUCCUCCCUAUGGUUUUUUAUUUUAAAUAUAAAUCAUUCCCCCCAGCUCCUGCUAUGACACCUGGGGAGGGUGCCGGGGGGCG